GAAAAUGCCCGCACAACAACAAUAACAAGGGGAGAGAGAGACGCGCGCUGUCCGAGCUGUAGAUCUACGUGCUAAUCGACCAUGGCGGCGGCCGUGCACCAUCCACCACGGUUUACGUCGAUCAGUACCAUGAAGAAUGAAGAGGCGAGUGCUCCAACCAAUGGGUCUUACUUUCUUGAGGACGGCAUCAUUAGUUCUAUGGAAGAAAUGGAAAAGAUGAAGCAAGACGCCAAGCUGCAACUGCGGGAACUCCUUGCAGGUGAAACCCGGCUCAAGUGCCCGGAUAACGAUGCCUUUCUCGUGAAGUUUCUGCGAGCUCGAAAAUACAACGUCGACAGUGCAUUCAAGAACAUCAAGAAGUACUUCAAAGUACGAAGAGACCACCCCGAAUUAUUUGUCGAACUGGAUCCGGACUUUAAUCUGUUCGACACUGUGUGCCGAAAGCACAAGCUAGUCACACUGUCUCGGGAGAAAGACUCCAAAGGAAGGGCCAUUAUUUUGUUGAAUCUAGGAACUUGGAACAGCGGGAUCUGUUCACUGGACAAUUUUUUCCGUGUCGGCACAGCCCUCGUCGAGCAUUUACUUCUCAAUGAUGAAGUCCAGCUAAACGGUGUCGUGUUUGUCAUGGACUUUAAGAACCUCGGCAUCUACCAUUUGACCCAGUACACGAUACCGGUCAUCAAAAGGCUAUUUAGCCUUAUGCAGGCAAGUGAAUAG